AAAGUGUAUAGUUUGCGGUUUACCAUAACUACAGUCGACGCCCAAUUCAUCAAAAAGAACGUUGCACUUGUCAUAUGACUCUAUCCCCUUAACUGAUCAAUUAAAAAUAAAAUUGAUUUUAACAACUUAUCUAAUAAACCUGCUGCACAAUGCUAACCGGAAUAAACCGAGGUAAGUAUUGUACGGUGUACCAUCACAAACCUGAGAAGAGUUUGACCAGAAUCCAAUCACUCUCCUCUCCUCCUCCAGAUGUUGAAGCUUCUUCAUAGACCAUCAACUCACAUCUACAAGCUCCAACCUUUCACCUUCAGAUCGUUCUCUCAACCUCAAUCUCCCUCAAAGUCACCACCUUUAUUCCCUUCUUUUUCUUCGAGUCUAGCCUCCGCAAUACUAAAAUGCAGAUCACCAGAGGAAGCAAUCAAACUCUUCGAAACAUCUCCAAGACUCAACCCAUCAAACUCCAACGAUCUCCGAUCUCACUCCGCAUUAAUCCACGUCCUGACCCGAGCUCGGAGGUACUCGCACGCAAGGUGUUUGAUAAAAUGCCUCAUUGAAACUCUCAAGCGCCGCCCUUACAGAGUUUUCAACGCCCUUGAGGAUGUUAACAGCUCGAAGUUUAGUAACGGUGUGUUUAGUCUGUUGAUUAUGGAGUUUGUGGAGAUGGGUUUGUUCGAAGAAGCUCUUUUUGUGAGCCGUGAGAUGAGAACAUCUCCUGAUGUGAAAGCUUGUCUCACGGUUUUGAAUGGUUUGGUUAGAAGGAGAAGGUUUGAUUCUGUCUGGGUUGAUUAUGAGUCUAUGGUCUCUCGUGGGUUGGUUCCUGAUGUGUACGUUUACUCUGUUUUGUUCCAAUGCUGUUUCAAGCAAGGCUUGUCCUCCAAGUUAAAGACGCUUCUUGAUGAAAUGACAUCUAAGGAGAUCAAGGCUAAUGUUUAUAUCUAUACUAUAUAUAUCCGUGAUCUGUGGAGGGAGAGUAAGAUGGAGGAAGCGGAGAAAGUGUUUGACUUGAUGAAGAAGAAGCAUAAUGUUGUUCCAAACUUGUUUACUUACAGUGCAAUGAUUGGUGGAUACUGUAAAGCUGGUAAGUUGAGACAGGCUUACACGUUGUAUAAGGAGAUUGUGGUUGCUGAGUUGCUACCAAACGUUGUUGUUUUCGGCGCAUUGGUUGAUGGUUUCUGCAAAGCUAACGAAUUGGUAGCUGCGAGGAGUCUUUUAGUGCAUAUGGUGAAGUUUGGGGUUGAUCCUAAUUUGCACGUUUAUAACUGUUUGAUUCAUGGGGAGUGUAGAUCAGGGAGCUUGUCUGAAGCAAUGAGAUUGUGUUCCGAGAUGGAAAGGUUUAGUCUUUCGCCUGAUGUGUUUACUUAUACUAUACUCAUCAAUGGGCUAUGUAGUAAAGAUCGGUUAACAGAAGGAGAUAGAUUGUUUCAGAAGAUGAAGAGUGAGAGGAUCUUUCCUAGCUCUGUGACUUACAACUCGCUGAUUCAUGGGUAUUGUAGAGAAGACAAUAUGGAAAAGGCCUUGGAGUUGUGCUCAGAGAUGACAGCAAAUGGCGUAGAACCGGACAUUGUAACGUUUUCUACUUUGAUCGAUGGUUACUGCAAGUUGAGAAACAUGAAAGCUGCAAUGGGCUUGUACUCUGAGAUGAGCAUCAAAGGUAUAGUUCCUGAUGUUGUGACGUACACAGCUUUGAUCGAUGGGCAGUUCAAAGAGGCUAACGUGAAGGAAGCGCUAAAGCUGUACAGUGAUAUGUUGGAGGCUGGAGUCCACCCUAAUGAGCACACGUUUGCUUGCCUGGUUGAUGGUUUCUGGAAAGAAGGGAGAGUCUCUGAUGCCAUCGAGUUUUAUCUGAAAAACAAUCAUGCAUGCUGGAAUCAUGUGGGGUUUACAUGUUUGAUUCAAGGGUUAUGUCAGAACGGCUACGUUCUUAGAGCUACCAGGUUGUUCUCAGACAUGAGAUCUGGUGGGAUAACGCCGGACAUGCAGAGCUAUGUAUCAAUGCUAAAAGGUUAUCUUCAAGAAAAGCGUGUUAUUGACACAAUGAUGUUGCAUUGCGACAUGAUCAAAACUGGUGUCUUGCCAAACCUUGUGGUGAAUCAGUUCCUAGCCAUGGUUUACCAAGAGAAUGGAUAUCUAAGACCAGCUUGUUUCUUGACCAACUCUGAAUCCUUUAGAAACUAUCAGCUAAUCUGCAAAGUAAGAUGGAUGAUUCAUGCUUGUAGUAACCACACAAAGACGGUCACUUCUUGCUCUGUCCACUACCAUGCAAAUUGCUGAAGUAUCCUUGAGGGUUACUCUCAAAUCCACCUCUUGAGAUGUAAGCACCACCUUUUGAACCCGGUGCAACCAUAUAACCUCCGCCGCCUCCGCUCUUUCCUCCACCGCUGCUGCUACCACCACUGCUCUUUCCUCCACCGCCUCCGCUCUUUCCUCCACUGCUGCUGCCACUUUUUCCACUCAUAUUUCAAAUGUGAUUUUGUUCAAGAACUUAGAGAUUUGAGACUGUGUAAGGUAGUGGGUUUGAGCAUUGGCUAUUUAUAGUGAUAUAGAGCGGGUUCAAAGCGUUGGUCAAAGGAAAAUGAUCCUUCCCAAGAUUAUUGUAGUAACUACGUUGUUUAAAACAUCAAAUGAUUCAUACCACCUCGUGAAAGUAAUUGGUAUCAAAUUACAUUUACGAAGUGGUUACCAUUUAUCAACGGGUUGAAUGAAUCUAACGGCUCUUUGAAUUCGUUUUCAAUACUCUUUCAGGCUUUAUAGCAUAGAGCCCAUAUAAGUAUUGUGCCUAACUAGUUUUGUAGUUGCCCAUUGUCGAGCUAUAUCUGAUUGUUGUUUCUUCCGACGAUUAACAUAUAUGAAUGUAAUUGGUUGGAGAGUAACCCCAAGUUAAAAGCAUAAAAGAGUUACUAUAAAUUGGUUGAUUAAAUUAAAGUAUCAUUAAAUAAAACUAGUUCAGCCGAUAAAAAAAUACAAAAUAUAUUUUGUAGUUUGGUUAUAAAUUUCAAAUAACAUAAAAUUAUUAUAUAAUAAUAGUAAUAUGUAAAUAUCUUUCGAGAAACACAUCCACUAAAACACACUAUACACAUCAUCAUGCACGCAUUAAACAUAUAUUUACAUGUACAGAACUAUACAAUUAGAUUCUUUCAAAAAACAUUCCUAAUGAAAAUGAUUAUAGUCAUGUUAUUUGCUUACACGUACCAAUUUACCAAUAUCUAAAUAUAUUUUUGAAACUUCCGUAAGAAAACUUUAAGUUGAGGAUGAAAAUUUGGAAUUAUAUGCUUGAUGUGCGACAUGUAUAGUCAGCCAAUAAAGUUGUAAAUAAUUAUAAUAUAACUAUUUUGCUUAGUUAAUUAGUACAUAAUUAUUUAUUUAUAGAUUAUUUACA